AUGGAUGUUGCAAAACUAAUUAUUGUGUUUGCUUCUUGUUUGUUAAUGUUUACAAGUUGCUGCCAUAGUUCUUCUCAUUUCAACAAACAAUCAACGUCUCUCUUCAUUUUCGGCGAUUCCCUUUUCGACCCUGGAAACAACAACUACAUCAACACUACGAUCAGCCUCCAAGCGAACUUUACUCCCUAUGGCAUAUCCUACUUCCAUCCUCCAAGUGGCCGAUUUUCCAAUGGCCGUGUCAUUCCUGAUUUCAUCGCUGAAUUUGCCAGCCUACCACUCAUUCCAGCGUAUUUCAAUCCCCAAAAUAGAGAAUAUUCAUAUGGAGCAAACUUUGCCUCGGGAGGAUCUGGUGCAUUAGUUGAAACCGUACCUGGAUUAGUAAUGGAUCUAAAAUCACAGCUACGCUGUUUUGGUGAUCUACGAAAACAACUUAGAAAGCGUUUAGGCGAUGAGAAAACCGAGCAUAUGCUUGCAGAUGCUGUUUAUUUAUUAAGUAGCGGGAACAAUGACUAUUUGAGCCUCGUCAGUAACAACAACAGCAUUUAUCAUAAUUAUACAAAUGAACAGUACGUCAAAAUGGUGGUCGGAAACAUGACUCGUGUGAUCAAGGGAAUUCAUAAAAGAGGAGGAAGAAAAUUCGGAAUACUUACCACAAUGCCAUUAGCAUGUUGUCCAGGCAUUCGGGCAUUUCAAGUGGGCAAUACUAAUUGCAACCAACAACUUGGAAUUUUAACAAGUCUACACAAUCAAAUUCUUUCCAAGAAACUCAAAAAGCUGGAGAAGAAGUUAGAUGGAUUCAAGUAUGCAAAUUUUGAUAUUUCAACUGCGGUUAGCAAUAGGAUGAAGAACCCAUCUAAAUACGGUUUCAAAGUAAGCGAUAGUGCAUGUUGUGGUAGUGGUCCUUUUAGAGGAAUAAAUAGUUGUGGUGGAAAAAGAGGGAUAAAGGAGUUUGAAUUGUGUGAUAACAUUAACGACUAUGUUUUCUUCGAUGCUCUUCAUCCCACUGAAGUAGCGAACCGCCAAUAUGCAAAGCUGUUUUGGAAUGGAGAUUCCAAUGUCACGACUCCGUAUAAUUUGAAGACAUUGUUUCAAGGGGAACAACUAUGAGAGUCAAGGUGGAUUUUGUUUGACAUAAUAAUUAUUGUGUUGUUAUGUUAUAGACUUAUAGG